ACUUUAUUUGUGUAUCCCUACAAAGGAAAUGAUGCACAAAAAACAUGGACACCUUUACAUUUUUGUUCCUAAAAUUUAUUCCUUUCUUGUGCAGCCAGCCGCUUUCUUCUUUGUCAGUCGUUUCUCGUUACUCUGAUUCUCUAAAAUGAAGAAUGGUAUGGGUAGUAGACUCUAAUAAAUCCCAAUCACAGAAGAGUUAAGAGCAUCCCGGAAAAUUGGUGAAAGUCAUUUGGCCGCUAUGACGAAUCCAAAUGGCACACGUUCUUCUCCUUCUCCACAAAACCCUUCAAUCACUCAUGUCAUCUUCGAUAUGGACGGCCUUCUUCUCGACACAGAGAAGUUCUACACUGAAGUCCAAGAGAUUAUACUUGCUAGAUAUAACAAGACCUUUGAUUGGUCACUCAAGGCAAAAAUGAUGGGUAAGAAGGCUUUAGAAGCAGCUAAGGUAUUUGUGGAGGAGACAGGAAUUAGUGAUUCUCUGACAGCUGAGGAUUUUCUUGUUGAAAGAGAAGCAAUGCUGCAGAAUUUGUUUCCAACCAGUGAACUCAUGCCAGGUGCUAGCCGCUUGAUUCUGCACCUUCAUGAAAAAGGAAUACCAAUGUCUGUUGCAACGGGCUCUCACAAGCGCCACUUUCAAUUGAAAACAAAACAACAUGAUGAACUUUUUUCGUUGAUGCAUCACAUUGUUGUUGGUGAUGACCCAGAAGUCAAACAAGGGAAACCUUCUCCUGAUAUUUUCCUCACAGCAGCUAAAAGAUUUGAGGAUGCACCUGUUGAUCUGCAUAAAGUUCUUGUUUUUGAGGAUGCUCCAUCAGGUGUUCUUGCUGCUAAGAAUGCUGGCAUGUCAGUGGUAAUGGUUCCUGACCCCAGGUUGGAUAGCUCUCACCAUGAAAAUGCUGACCAAGUUCUCAGUUCUUUAUUAGAUUUCAACCCAGCUAAUUGGGGGUUGCCUCUAUUUGAUGAAAUAUCCAACUAAUCACAGCUUUCAACUGAGCAUAAAUUUUAUUCACUUUUUGGAGACUAGAUUAUUGGCACAAGAUUUACUCUCAUAUUUAUUUGCCGCCGCUGUAUUUAAUCGGUAUUUAUUACCAAGCAUGCAUUUUGUUUGUAUGCUGCAUAUAUUACGAAGGAUAACAAUAUUUUUUUGGAAGACGAAGGAUAACAAUAUUGGAAACUGAUGAAAUAUCG